CAUCCUCACUGGUCCUCAAAGAUCAAAACAGCUACCACGAAGAUGAACAGACCACUGCUCCUCCUGGCUGCUCUGACUUUCUGCUGCUGCAUCACCUCUCUGCAUGGUUUUAACAUCAAUGCGUGCCGCUGCAAAUCGACGACCCUGAGACAGGUUCCUCCUCAGAUGGUCAGGAAGAUUGAGGUGACUCCCGUUUCGGGACACUGCCGCCGGACUGAAAUCAUAAUCACCACGAGGACUGGCAAUAAGAUUUGUAUCAAUCCAGAGGCCAAGUGGUUCCCAGGCCUGCUCAACACUCUGCAAAAGAAGGGCUGUGCCAAACAAGGGCCUACGUCCUGUAUUCACCGUCGGUUGUUGUGAUAAUGGAAACAGGCCUCCUCAACCUUUCAGCCACCCACUGCUUCCACACCCAACUUCUGAUCACAUGUUCAGAUGCCUUUCAUCAAGCUGUGAAUCACCUGGGAAAAAAUGACCCACCUUCCUUUUUGUUAUUGUAUUCAGCUCUUUGCAGUUUUUCUCUGGUGUUCUAAAACAAACCUGAAUGUGAUGUUACGCCUGCAAUUCUGAUAGCAUUCAUAAAUGCAUUUAAACUAGGUUACCUUACUAUUACUAUCACCUUACUAUUUUAAGGAUGAAGUAUUGGUGUACAGAUUUCACUUUUUAAAUGUUUGUAUCUGUUAGUGUUACCAUUUCUGACUGAAUGUAUUCAUACUGGCAAAUGUUUUAGCUGUGACAUGUAUCCAUGAAUGUAUUUGGACUUUUUUUUAACAUAAAAAUA